AUGUAUGAUAGGAUCGUUGCUUUAGAAAGUGAGCAGAGGGUGGCAUCUUACAGUAUCUUAUUUUACAAGCGUGCUAAUAAUUUGGUUGUGCUGUUAUUGUUGUUCUCUAAACAGGAUAUUUUAUUCAACCGGAGUAUCAAGGAUGCUCUUGUGGCAGAGGAAAAAUUCUUCCGCACUCGUCCAGUAUAUAACAGUUUAACUGAUCGUUGUGGUGUACCUCAGCUGGCAAAGAAGCUGAACCAGAUUUUAGUACAACAUAUCAAGGCAAUACUUCCUGGGCUGAAAUCAUGCAUUAGUUCGGCACUGGUUUCUGUGGCAAAGGAGCAUGCAAGCUAUGGAGAAAUCACUGAAUCAAAGGCUGCCCAGGGAGCUCUUCUGCUGAAUAUUCUGUCAAAGUACUGUGAGGCGUUCUCAUCAAUGGUUGAGGGGAAAAAUGAACAGAUGUCUACAUCUGAGCUGUCUGGUGGAGCAAGGAUUCAUUAUAUUUUCCAAUCAAUCUUUGUUAAGAGCCUAGAGGACGUAGAUCCAUGUGAAGGCUUGACUGAUGAUGACAUAAGAACUGCCAUUCAGAAUGCAACUGGUCCUCGAUCUGCACUGUUUGUACCUGAAGUCCCGUUUGAAGUUCUUGUAAGAAGGCAAAUAGCACGUUUAAUAGAUCCAAGUCUUCAAUGUGCCAGAUUCAUAUAUGAUGAGUUAAUAAAGAUUAGUCAUCGCUGUAUGAUGAAUGAACUGCGACGGUUUCCUGUUCUAAGAAAGCAUAUGGACCAAGUUAUUGGGAAUUUCCAUGGCCUCGAACCAUCUGAGACAAUGAUAGGACAUAUUAUUGAAAUGGAGAUGGAUUACAUAAAUACUUCCCACCCAAAUUUUAUUGGUGGGAGCAAGGCUGUAGAAUUUGCCAAUCAACAGAUAAAGAAUUCCAGGGUUCUUAUGCCUGUAUCUAAAGCGAAGGAUGGUUUGGAGUCUGAUAAGGCACCUACUUCUGAAAGAAGUACUAAAUCUCGGGCUAUUAUUGCAAGACAAGUUAAUGGAAUUGCUGCUGAGCAGGUAGUCCGUCCUGCUGCAGAUGUUGAGAAAGUCCCAUCGACUGGAAGCACAAGUGGGUCAACUUGGGGUAUCUCAUCAAUAUUUGUUGGCAAUGAUAACCACUCAACCGUGAAAGAGGUCUUGACAAACAAACCAUAUACAGAACCUGCUCAAAACAUCGAACAUUCCUUCUCCAUGAUCCAUUUGAGGGAGCCCCCGACUCUCUUGAGGCCUUCAGAGUGUUCAGAAACUGAAGCUAUUGAAAUUGCUAUUACCAAGUUGCUCUUAAGAUCACACUAUGACAUUGUUAGGAAGAAUAUAGAGGACUCUGUGCCUAAAGCAAUUAUGCACUUCUUGGUAAACCAUUCGAAACGUGAGCUUCACAACGUUUUUAUCAGAAAGCUUUACAGAGAAAACCUGUUUGAAGAGAUGUUACAGGAACCUGAUGAGAUUGCUUCUAAGAGGAAACGUACUCGAGAAAUACUCCGAGUUCUCCAACAGGCAUUCAGGACAUUGGACGAAUUGCCAUUGGAAGCUGAAACAGUUGAGAGGGGAUACAGUUUGGGUUCCGAUCCAACAGGUCUGCCAAAGAUUCAUGGACUGCCAACAUCAUCAAUGUAUUCCACAAGUAGUGGUUCAAAUGAUUCCUAUGAAACUUCUCCUAAAAUUUCAAAAUCUCGUGUGUCGUCUCACUUGGGGGAGCUACAACCACACUUGUUUGGUAGUGCAGAUUCAAAUGGAAACAGACGCAGUUACUUGCCGGGCCUCUACCCUACAGUUGAUCUGUAGGCUGUUUGAAUGUGCAAUUUGGCAUCUUGGUCCGGUUUCUUUUUCUCAAAUAUGGAUGCAUUUGUUUCAUCUUCGCCCCCUAUAUCUUUUCUAACUCCUACAACCA